GCUAAUUACUUCAAAGAAGAAUUACCAAAAACAAUAAAUAACUGAUAACCCCGCUUGGAUAAAUAUCCGAGUGUUGCAGAAAUUCCUGCAGUCAUUACGACGUUCCGUUAAGAUGAAGUUCGCGUUAUGGUUUGGGUGCUUUGUGAUAUGGGUGUCAUCCGGCAAGACCCUAACUACCUUUGGAAAAAAAUCCUAUAACGAGUAUGAAAGCAACGAUAUCCCGUCCAUUUCUUCUAUGAGUCCUAUUAAUAUCCAAUCCAGAAAUGACGUAGUUUUUUGGAGAAUUUUUAUCCCACAUCGUUUUGGGUCCAGCUACAAGGAACCUACCAACACACCAGAGAAAGAAAAUAAUGAGAUCCCAACUGAGUCGGUGAUAAUCACGGAACCAUCUUCAACUCAAUGGUACUACAACGGUCCCUCAAAUCCUUUCGAUACGAACGUUUGGCCCUCACGACCAACACAAUUAUGUGAAGAAAUGCACGUACUUAUUGAUCUUGAUGACUGCCGACAGUUUUACAGAUGUCUUGGAGGUCAAUACCAAAAACAAACUUGCCCCUUUGGCAUGUAUUACCAGAACAACCGUUGCAGUAUGGUUCCUCCAGAUUAUUGCAAUAAACCAUCAACUGAAGAUAAUUCAUACACCGAUGCAGCUAAAGAUGAUUUAAUUGCCACCACGACUGCCAUGGAUUCUAUUGAAACUACCACGACAUUGCCACCGAAUUAUCCACAUUGGUGGAAAGCGAUAGCGGCAAAUCAAAACAGUGAUGAAAAUUUCAGUUUGGAUCAAGAUAUAACUUUUAAAAAAGAGCCAAUAAACGGUGAAACAAGUGAUGAGGACGAUGCGGGGUAUAUUUUAGCGACUACAACCGAACCAAUUAAAAUCACUACUGAUGAAGAGGUCACAAUUUAUAACACAUGGGGCAGUAGUGUACAAUAUGGGGAGGAGUCUUCUGAGGAAGUAACUACUGUUCAAAAUACGCCAGAUUAUAAAACGGUGUGUUACGUCUCACUGGACAAAGACUUGGAUCCGUCUAUAAUUGACACUUCUUUGUGUACCCACAUUAUUUUGGCUCACGCGAAACUGGAUGAAAGUACUUUAACAAUGGAACUUGAUGAUGAUGUGGAGUUUAUUAUUCCGCAGCUAUUGAGCAAAAUUGAACUUUCUCGUUCGGGCACAAAACUGCUAAUUUCCUUGGGAGGAUGGGAAGACUCGGGAUCAGACAAAUAUUCCCGAUUAGUAAACGAUCCGGAAAACAGGCUAGUUUUUAUGUAUGAAACUCUAAAGUUCUUAUCGCGUUAUAAUUUGGACGGGCUCGACUUAAAGUGGCAAUAUCCGAAAUGCUGGCAGAAUGGGUGCAACAAAGGCCCAGAAUCCGAUAAAUCCGGGUUUACCGCCUUAAUAGAAGAGAUGCGCGAAGCUUUCGAUCCCGCCGGUCUCCUCCUUUCCGCCUACGUGAGUCCAGUGGAUAAAAUCAUCGAUGUUGCUUAUGAUGUGCCCGCCCUUAGUAAACAUCUGGAUUUUAUUAACGUGAUGACUUAUAACUUCCACGGAUCUUGGGACGGGUAUACUGGACACGUGGCACCUCUGUAUGACGAUAUAGACUAUUUCAAUGCGGAUUUUACCAUAAAAUAUUGGAUCCGUAAAGGUGCAGAUCCCAAAAAAUUGAUAUUCGGAAUUCCGUUUUACGCCGAGGCGUUUACGUUGCAAAACAAGCGAAGAAACGGGAUUAGAGCCACCACGACCGGUCCUGGAAUUUAUCCGAAACUAUUGGCAGGCCGAACCACAGAAUUACCGUUUCGUGAUGUUUGUAAAUUGGUACAUAUGGAACACUGGACGAUUGAAAAGGACAGAUACGGAAAUAGGGGACCGUAUGCUUAUAACGGGGAUCAGUGGAUGUCUUAUGACGACGUAUCGGCGAUGCUUACAAAGGCUAAAUAUAUAAAAUCGAAAGGACUCGGUGGGGCCAUGGUGCAAUCAAUCAACGAAGACGAUUGGGAGGGAAUCUGCGGUCACGGACCAUAUCCCUUAUUAAAUGCAUUAAACAGCGAAUUGAGAGGCAACGAUUUAUUCGUUACCGAUGGUGAAGAUUGCACAUAAGAUAAACGGGGAGAAUGUUUAGUAAUAAUGUGUAGUAAUAGAACUUAAGAUAAAAUAUUGAUUUUAAAUAAA